AAUGGUAUUGAACACAUUAUAAAAAAUUUUAAACGAUGCGGAUCUUUUCUCUUUUGGCUACUAGAAGCUGUAAAAUCCUCCGUAGUCUCCAGCAGAAUGCGUUUUUGUUAUCAAGUUCGAGGAUCGUUGCUGUAAAUUUCGGGAGCACAGCCACGGUCAACAAAGACGGCGGUCAUUACGUCACGACUCCCAUCUUCUACGUGAACGCCUCUCCUCACCUGGGACACCUGUACUCAGCGGUGAUAGCUGACUGCUUACACCGGUAUAAACAGCUGCAGGGUUUUAAUUCAAAGUUUGCUACAGGAACAGAUGAGCAUGGUCUGAAAGUCCAGCAAGCUGCAGAAGCUGCAGGAAAACAGCCGCUGACCUUCUGCACGGAGGUGUCUGAGCGGUUCGAACGUCUCUUCAGGAGCUGCAACAUUUCACAUACAGACUACAUAAGAACCACCGAGCUCCGCCACCGCCAAGCUGUGGAGCAUUUCUGGUCGGUGCUCUGGAACAAGAGGCAUAUCUACAAAGGGAGCUAUGAAGGCUGGUAUUCCACACAGGAUGAAAGCUUCCUCACGCCGUCGCAGGUUGGGGAUGCUGUGGACUCUUCUGGAAAUGAGAUCAAAGUAUCUCUGGAGAGUGGACACAAGGUGGAGUGGAUGAAAGAGGAGAAUUACAUGUUUCGCUUGUCGGCGUUCCGGUCUCAGCUCCUCGACUGGCUGCGAGGAAAUCCUAAGGCGAUCCAGCCGGAGUGCUUCCAGCAGGCGGUUCUGCAGUGGCUGCAGGAAGAACUCCCCGACCUCUCCGUGUCCCGCCAGAGAAGCCGUCUUCAGUGGGGCAUUCCCGUCCCAGGAGACGCCAGUCAAACCAUCUACGUGUGGCUAGACGCUCUUGUGAAUUACCUUUCAGUCGCUGGCUAUCCCAACGACCACGAGCAGUGGUGGCCGAUGGCCCGCCACAUCAUCGGAAAGGAUAUCCUAAAGUUUCACGCCAUCUACUGGCCGGCGUUUCUCCUGGCAGCUGGACUGCCUCUGCCCCAGGCCAUACAUGUGCACUCACACUGGACUGUAAGAGGCAAGAAGAUGUCUAAAAGUCUGGGUAACGUCAUCGAUCCUCUCGAACACUCUAGGAUGUUUACAACCGAUGGUUUGAGGUACUUCCUUCUGCGCCAGGGAGUCCCGGAAUCCGACUGUGAUUACACGGAAGAAAAAGUCCUAAAGCUGCUGAACGCGGAGCUCGCCGACUCUCUGGGCGGCCUGUUAAACCGCUGCACGGCAGCAGCUCUCAAUCCAGCUCAGGUGUACCCGUCCUUCUGCUCCCAGUCCUUCCCCAGAGGACAUGGAGGCAGAGCUGUGGCGGAGGACUACUGCAUGCUGGAGGCGGUGAAGAAUCUCCCGUUUGUGGUGGAGAAGCACUAUGAAAGCCUGCACUUUUACAAAGCUCUGGAGGCCAUCGCCGCUUGCGUGAGGCAAACCAAUGGGUUUGUUCAGCGCCACGCACCUUGGAAGCUGGACCGGACGGACGGUAAAGACCAGCAAUGGCUGGACACCAUCAUCCACGUCUCCCUGGAGUGUAUGAGAGUGUACGGCACGCUUCUGCAGCCAGUAGUGCCAGAUAUUUCUGACAAGCUCCUCACUAGACUUGGAGUGCGGCGCGACGAGAGGAGCUUUGAGACUUUAGACUUCCUGCCGCAGUACUGGGAGAGGGACUCUCCUUUUGAAGGCAGAGCUCUGGGAGCUGACUCUGGAGUCCUUUUUAGCCGCUUAGAGAGUCAGACGGUUAAAAAGAAAACCAAAAACUCCCAUUUAAAAUAACUACUAUUCAGCAUUUAUGAUAGUUUUCUUAAAAAACAUGUUAAGUCUGUGGUGCGACCUGAUCUCUUACACAAUGUUCACAGUAAAAUGGCAGUAUGGGACUAAAAUCUGUUUUCUUUUUUAACCGUAUAUUUGACAGUCAGGUUUAAAAAGACAUCUUUUGAAUUUUUUGUCAGUGCUGUGACUCAACCAUCAGCUGUUCACCUUUCGUUAAUAAACAUCCCAAACAAUA